GCUCUUAUAAAACGGCGUCCCGCUUUUGGAUGCAACAACAUCCCCAAGCGCUCGUCUCAGGUGAACAAGAGACCACUUCAGCAGUCAUGCGUGAAUGUAUCUCCGUCCACGUUGGCCAGGCUGGGGCCCAGAUUGGCAAUGCAUGCUGGGAGCUGUAUUGUCUGGAGCAUGGCAUCCAGCCGGACGGGCAGAUGCCCAGCGACAAGACCAUCGGAGGAGGAGAUGACUCCUUCAACACCUUCUUCAGUGAGACCGGAGCUGGCAAACAUGUUCCCAGAGCAGUCUUUGUGGACUUGGAGCCCACAGUCAUCGAUGAAGUACGCACAGGAACCUACCGGCAGCUCUUCCAUCCUGAGCAGCUGAUCACUGGAAAGGAAGAUGCAGCCAACAACUACGCCCGAGGUCACUACACUAUUGGCAAGGAGAUCAUUGACCUGGUUCUGGACAGGGUUCGAAAACUGGCGGACCAAUGCACUGGACUCCAAGGUUUUCUUAUCUUCCACUCAUUUGGAGGAGGAACUGGCUCUGGCUUCACUUCUCUGCUAAUGGAACGUCUCUCAGUGGAUUAUGGCAAGAAGUCCAAACUGGAGUUUGCCAUCUAUCCGGCACCUCAGGUGUCAACGGCUGUUGUGGAGCCAUACAACUCCAUUCUGACCACACACACCACCCUGGAGCACUCCGAUUGUGCUUUCAUGGUGGACAACGAGGCCAUCUACGAUAUUUGCCGUAGGAACCUGGACAUUGAGCGUCCCACCUACACCAAUCUCAACAGGCUGAUUGGUCAGAUUGUCUCCUCCAUCACCGCCUCGCUGCGCUUUGACGGCGCUCUGAAUGUGGACUUGACAGAGUUUCAGACCAACCUGGUGCCUUACCCGCGCAUCCACUUCCCGCUGGCGACCUAUGCGCCCGUCAUCUCGGCAGAGAAGGCAUACCAUGAGCAGCUCUCCGUCGCAGAGAUCACCAACGCCUGUUUCGAGCCAGCCAAUCAGAUGGUGAAAUGCGACCCUCGCCAUGGUAAGUACAUGGCAUGCUGUCUGCUUUAUCGUGGGGAUGUGGUGCCUAAAGAUGUCAACUCCGCCAUCGCCACCAUCAAAACCAAGCGCACCAUCCAGUUUGUGGACUGGUGUCCCACCGGCUUCAAGGUGGGUAUCAACUACCAGCCUCCAACUGUAGUUCCUGGGGGAGACCUGGCCAAGGUCCAGAGAGCCGUGUGCAUGUUGAGCAACACCACUGCUAUCGCCGAGGCAUGGGCCCGACUGGACCACAAGUUUGACCUGAUGUACGCCAAGAGGGCCUUUGUGCACUGGUACGUUGGCGAGGGGAUGGAGGAGGGAGAGUUCUCCGAAGCCAGAGAGGACAUGGCUGCUUUGGAGAAGGACUACGAGGAGGUGGGCACAGACACCAUCGGGGAUGAAGAGGGGGAAGAGGGGGAAGAGUACUAACUGUAAAUGCAACACUAUUUACAAUUCACUAUUUAACAUUCUCAGGCUUUUGCUCUGUCGCAUGUGAAGUGAUUCUUUGUAUUUAAAUAUUUUUCACUGUAUGGCAUAGUAAUUGCUCAUCCAUCCAUCCAUUUUCCGAACCGCUUGAUCCUCACUUGGAUCGCGGGGGGUGCAGGAGUCUAUCCCAGCCGUCUUCGGGCAGUAGGCGGGGACACCCUGAACCGGUUGCCAGCCAAUCGCAGGGCACACAGAAACGAACAACCAUUCGCGCCCACACUCACACCUAGGGACAAUUUAGAGCGUCCAUUCAGCCUGCCAUGCAUGUUUUUGGAAUGUGAGAGGAAACCGGUGCACCCGGAGAAAACCCACGCAGGCCCGGGGGGAACAUGCAAACACCACACAGGGAGGCUGGAGCUGGAAUCGAACCCGGUACCUCUGCACUGUGAAGUAACUGUUCAACUGAUGUAAAAUGCAAUACUGUAUCAUGUUUGUCCUGCUCUCCUCCGCUUAUAAGAUUGCAUAACGAGAAGCUCAAAGCACAUCUCAGGUGAACCAACAAGUCUGUUGCUAGGUGACCGGCAAUUCAGACCUAACAAGAACUUUGUCGAAUGAAUUGGUUCAUUGUUGUGACUGUCUUUAUUCAACAACACCAUUUUAUAUUUGCCAAUAAAUUCUCUCAAACUAUA